AUGGCCACGCUCUUUGCGUUGGCAGUCAUCGCCGUCAUGAGCAUAUGGUAUACGACGGUUCGGCUCAACCGAAUGGAAGAGCUUUCAAAACAGUUGGAGGUGCGUGCGGAGUCUGUCUAUGCCAAGCACUUGGGGAGUGACUUGUCGGAUCUGUUUGGUGAUCAACGGGAGGUGCACAUUUCUCACUUCCAUGUUAGCAGCUUGCAAGAGCACUACCUGGAAGCCAGAAGGCACUCCGAGACGUUCCGUAAACGAGUAUGCCUGCCGCUGAGCGAGUUCAUGAACAGCCAGAUUUUGUCCGGAUCAUUGGAGAGCUUGCAACCCAAACUGAAGCCAGUACCAUUGGCGCGUGAAGCUAUCGAAAUGAAGGGCGACCCAAGCCGUGUCUAUGACAUCUUGUACUGCCACGUGACGCUUCCUGACCUGACUGGCGUUGCCAAUGCUUGGCACUUUCUCAAAGUACGGCUAGGAAAUGAUGACUCGAACGUGAUUGAGAUUAUGUCCAUGCGGGACUCCUUUGCUCUUGCCCAGGCUGGCCACAGGUGUGCAGAGAUCGUGGUAAGAAUCCACAGCUAUUUUGCUACGAUCCGGUUCUUUGAGGGCUCCCUGAAUGAGCUUCAAGCACAGCUGGACGUUGUGCAUCGCAGGGCAAAGCAGCUGGGUCUUGUAGCUAGUAAGGAGGCGUGCCGGCGCCAGCCCGCUUCCAGAACGCGUCCUUGGUUUCUGGAUGUCUCCCUUUGCCUGCUUCGUACGAGCUCUUUGCUGGCUGCAGUGUACCUUGCGGGGCAAUACUUCGCCCGCUACAGUCCGACGGUACUCCAGUCCCGAGUACGCCAUUCACCGGUAUGGCAAUAUGUCUUCGCCUUGAAAAACGAUGCUGACCCUCCCGCUCAUCCGACGACGUGGGCGCCAUGCAUGGUCUUCACUUUGCCCUACCUCGUACUGACGUUCGUGCUUGUGUGCGACUUGCAGCGGUGCAGGGCCAGAGUGAGCAGCCGGAGCCUGACCCCCAUUCAGCUGCUUUACGAGAACGAUUUCGGGAUUCAUGGAAGAUUUUACAGCCUUAAAGUUGCUGCCUUACAGUUCUUCACUGUGAUGCUACAAGCUUUGGGAAAGCUUCCAGUCAUGGGUGGCAUCGCGUCCUUCUCGAUUCAGGAAGGCGCCAACAUGUCACAGGCCUUCACGUGCUCGUUCUGGGUCUUUGUUGCUAUCCUGGGCAUGAACAGCCUCUAUCCCAGCAUCUUGUUCUUAGUCCCCUCCGACAAGAGGGUGCGCCUGGGAGCCGGGAUCCUGGAUGCUAUCCUUGAUAUGGCUUACACCCUCUCAUACCUGGUAGUGACGCUGCUGGCCAAUUACAAGCUGGUCAUGAAGCGAGCAGUUACGGGGAACUUCGGGACAGAGGGCAACGUUUAUAAUGAUUACGCAGAAGUAGUUCACCUUGAAGCGAAGGCGGAUGCAGAGAUUACUUUUCCCACAGACUUCGUCGGCUUCUUCGCCGUCUACUAUUCAGUAGCCCAUGUUUGCUCAGUUUGCCGAGCCCUCGAACAAAAACCUCCCAAAGCAUGGCUGGUUCGAGGGACAGGUUCUUCUUUGCGGUCGCUUUGCCCCAGAAGCGCAGCUCCUGGCGGGAAAUGCCAGGCACUUUUCAAGGUGCUGUAUUCGCCAAGUCUGCUGCUUUUCAUCGCCUACUUGGUGCUGUCGAGCAAGUCCUACCCCAACCACCAGCGAAUCGAUGGCUGCUUUCCCUGUCACUGCGCGGAGGUCGGUGGUGCCAAGCAGCUUGCACACUGUCACGUGGCCGGUGCUCUCCGCGUCAAAGAUCUGAGCCUGAGCAACCAGAGCAUCAGCAGUAUUGCGCCGCAUGCCUUCAGGUCUCUGCAUGGCCUUCGGCGUCUUUCCCUUUCCGGAAAUCCACUGCAAAUCCUGCCCGACAAUCUCUUUGCUCCCUUGAAUGGCUUGGAGUUUUUGGAUCUCAGUCGCGCGGAUCUGCAUCAAUUGGAGUCUUCUUCCUUCGCGGGACUUUCGGCCCUGAGGGUCCUGGCCCUGGACCAAAAUCAACUCCAGCAACUGCCGAAAGGUUUGUUGCAUCCUAUGCCGGCCUUGGAGAAGUUGAUGCUGGGAGGUAAAGCCAUAGCAGACAGCGGCUGGAAAUUCAGGCCGAAAGUGUUCGUUCCUGGCAAUAAGUUGACGUCUCUUCCAAGUGACGCCUUCGAGCGCAGCCUUCAGUUAAGAGUCCUGGAUCUUAGCGAUAACCGCCUUGAGACACUUCCUGAAGGCUUGUUUUCGAAGAACCCAAUGCUGCAGACCCUUGACCUGAAAAACAACAGCCUCCGAGACCUCCCCGCAGACAUCUUCAAGGGUCUCUCGAGGCUGCGCACGCUUGACUUGACGAGGAACAAUCUCAGCAAACUACCCCUUGGACUCUUCUCCAGCCUGGGCCGAUUGGAGGUGCUUGACAUCAGGUACACCCACGUCGGCGAACUUGCUGUCGGAGUCUUCGCCGGCUUGGGCCGCUUAAGGCAGCUUGACAUUGGACACAACCGACUCAGCAAGGUUGCUUCCGGAGUGUUCGCAGGCCUCAAGAGUUUGAAGCAGCUUUUUCUCAGCCACAACCCUCUCAGAGAACUUCCCCUUGGAACGUUCGCCGGACUGCCCAGUUUAGAAGUGCUCGAUGUACGUGGAACGUCUGCUGGACUGAGGGCGGGAAUCUUUGCCGGCCUCCCCAAGUUACAGACAUUGAUCCUUGAAAACACAUCGAUCCAUGAGCUGCCCGCGGGAGUUUUCGCAGGCUUGGGGCACUUGAAGUCGCUGGGUCUGAGUCACAACCCCCUUGGCAAGCUACCGGUCGGCUCACUGGCUGGCCUGGGGAGGCUGGAGAUUCUGUCUAUGUCGAACACCUCCCUCACUGAGCUUGGUGCAUCGGUUUUUCUGGGCCUUCAGAAGUUGGAGUUUCUCUUUCUGAGCGGGAACUUGCUCACGCAAGUGCCGGUGGGAGCUCUGAAGAGCCUCCCCGACUUGAGGUAUUUGGGCCUAGGCGACAACUCCAUCCGCAAGCUGCCCGUGAGAGGCUUCGCUAGCCUCCCCAAAUUGCAGAGGUUGGCCCUCGACGACAACUUGAUCAGCGAGCUGCCGCCGGGAGCCUUCGCAGGCUUGGGCCAGUUGAAGCACCUCUCUUUGGAGAAGAAUCCGAUUCAUCAGCUUCCUGAGGAUAUCUUCGCAGGCCUCCAAAGCUUGACAUCCCUAAUUCUAGAUGAGACCUACGCCUCUGAAGCUGCCAUCUGCUCACAGCCCACAGUCCACUGCCACAAUCACGACGCGUUUAGUCGAGCUCCGUAA